CUAUUGGUAGACGAUGAGAUUUUACGUCUAUUGACAUAUGUCUCGAAAAAUGAGAAGUUAUGCAAAAUCGGACGGGAUCGCAACCUAAAAUACGCCAUUGGAGCGUCGGUCAGCCUCCAAAUGACGAACGAAAGUUAUCGGCGGUCGUGGGUCUAGCCGUCGGCGAAGGAAGAUCGACUUCCAGACGCGACGAAAGGGGAUCUGGACGGAGAGUCAACAGCGACGAGGGAGGAUUGAUUUCGUCGGCGAUGACAAAAUCGAAGGAUAACAAAAGGUUUUGGAAACGUGCAGAGAGCUAGGUGAGGUUUUCCUAAACUCUACUCGAAGUAGUUUGGGAGAAACACUAAAAAGUGGAUUAUUAUGUAGGUUUGAAAACGAUUUACAGAUCUGAGUUUUAGGAAUGAAUGUGUGUUUGUCGUAAUCUGGAUUUUUGAGGUUUACUUGGUGGGUUCUAAUAAAAAUCGAUGGUUUUGAAACUCAUAAUCAAUUCUAAAUUUGGCCUUUCGGUUAACAGACUAGUGUCUUUUGGUUAAUAUGGCUUUGUUGAAAUGGAUGUGCUUUUUGGGUAUUUAGGAAAAACGACAAAUAUGUUUUUGGUGAUCUCAUAUAUAUUCUAGUUCUAGAAAAUAAAGGGAUCGAAAUAUGACAUAAAUAAAGGAAUAGAAAAAUGACAAAAAGUAAAUAGCACAAUUGGUAGCAACAAUACUACGUAAUAAGAAGUCUAAUUGAAGAAAGAUAAAGAAAGAGAUGCUGAUAAUGGCAAUAGUAGAAUGAUAUUGACGAAAAAAAAGGUAGUAGACAAGAGAUUAAAUCAAUAGUAUAUUAUUAUAACUGGAAUAUAAACCAUCUUGUUGGCUCAAUACAAAUCUUGUUGGGCUUUUGUUUGCCUUGAGAUUUUCUACUUUCUAUUUGACAGAAUGAAGAAGGAAAAAAAAAGUGUUUGUGUUUCUCUUUUUAUUUUCCCAGCACUUCCCCUCUCUCUAAACUGACUAAGAAGAAGAACAAAAUCUCUGAAAUGACUGAAAAAAAGAAUUGACAGUGUUUCCCCAAGUGCUUUUUCCCCUCUAAAAAGUCGUAUCCCUUCUCUUGAAAAUUGAGCCUCCUUUUAUAGGAAAAAGGAGGUGGUGGUUUCUAGUUUCGGUCAGACCAAUUCUGGUUCGAUCAGUCCGUCUGUUGGUUGGGGUCGUUCUGCUGAUUCGGAUGGCUGGCCCGUUUUGUCUGAUCUGGUCCAAAGUGAUUUUAAUGCUUGGGCUUGAAAUGUGGGCUGUGAUCUUCUGGACUUGUCUUGGAUCUGGACCUAAAUAGACUGUCUCCUUCUUGCAGAAUUAUGGCGGAUGUAGUAAGAGUGCCCUUCAAAUAUCAAGUUUUAAUUUGUAACACUACUUUUAUAAUGAUGUUGUAUAAGUGCAAUUUAUGCAGUAAUUCAUAUUUGUAAUUUGUUAUCCUGAUUGUAAUUGUAAUUUUAAUUUAGUAAUAAUUUUAAUAAAAAGUU